GGAAUUAAUCUGCGUAGAAAGUUUCUGAGUGGUUUAGAGCCAGAAAGCAUACACAUGAUGAUUGGUUCCAUGACAGUAGACUGCCUUGGAAUUUUGAGUGACUUAUCGGAUUGCGAAGAGAAGCUCUUCCCAAUUGGAUAUCAAUGUUCGCGAGUCUACUGGAGUACAACAGAUGCUCGAAAGCGCUGUGUGUAUACUUGCAAGAUUCUAGAGUGUAGGCCACCACCCUCUGAGCCUGACAUUAAUAGCACUGUGCAUCAUGAAGAGAACCGAACUAUUGCUCACAGUCCUCCACUCCGUGAUGUGCAGGAAGUAAAUCUUCAGGAACCCAAAUCGUCUGGUCUCCCUUCGCCAGGACCACCACCUUGUAAUUCAGUUUCUUUGACUUCUUUUCGGACUCUUGGUAGGAGCAGAGUUCGCCACAGAUAUCCCCAUAAUCAGCGCUCUCCAGGACCUCGACCCCUUCCGUCAGCAGGUAGCCCUGUUACACAUGAAAUUGUGACAGUUGGGGACCCUUUGCUUUCUUCUGGUUUUCGUAGCAUAGGCUCAUGUAGGCAUAGUGUCUCUAAAAUACCACAGCUUCAGAAGCCACGCUUGAUUUCCCCCUCUAACACUGACACUACAAAG